AUUCACAAAAAUGCCAAAAUGGCGGAACUUAAGCUUUUCGCGUCGGUGUAUUAAUUGAAAACUGACUGCCUAUCCUUUAGAGAUUUUCCUAGCAGCCACAGUGUUGCAUGCCUUUGUAUACUUUCUUGUCAAUGUAACAUUUAGUGUAACUAUAAAAGCUAUAACAAACUUUAAUUAAUCAUGAGUGAGACUUCAAGAAAUGAGUCAAAUUCUCCUGACUCCCAAAUGCCGGCUCAAGAGGAUGAUCUUAAUUUCCCGCCUUUCCCUGAGCCAAAAGAUGUUGAUUUUGAUGAAGAUAUUCCUGAGGAUGAAAGAAAAUAUUAUACAUCUAAAUUUCCAGACUUGAAUACAGUAACAAAUCAUAGGAUGCACUGCACAUCUUGUGAUCGUCACCUUGGGUGCUCAGCUAGCAAUGAUGGCAGGAUGCGGAUGCACCCUAUGCUCCGUACAUUAGUAUGUAACACGUGCUAUGCAUUCUACAAUAGUGGAGAGUUUGAGAAAGGAGAUGAUGGCUCGGAGUUGUAUUGCCGUUGGUGUGGGCAGGGUGGCCAAGUAUAUUGUUGUUCAGAUUGCCCUCAUGUGUUUUGUGCGAAAUGCAUCAAAAGGAAUUUGGGUAUUACGAAAAUUAAGGAAAUUGAAAAUACCGAUGAUUGGAAAUGUUUCAAGUGCAGCAACAAACCCCUAUGGUAUCUUCGAGCGUCAUGCUGGGCUCUUCUGCGUUAUUGUGAUUUAAAGAACAGGAUAACCAUGGCUACUCAAGAUCCAAUUUUAAAGGAUAAGUAUACAACCAGUUGUAGUAGAGAUCUAUCGGAUUGCUGUAAGAAUAAAAAAAGAAGAGAAAAAUUUGAUAGUAAAAAAAAGGAAGAGAAGAAAGAAGCUGAAAAUUCAGCAAAAAAAGCAGCUGCAGCAGUUAUUUCAAAAAUACCGCCCACCAUACAGGUAAAAAAGUUCGCAUCAAUCAGCAUGGAUGAUAAAUCUGAAAAGAAAGCACAAAAAAGAUCACUAAGUCCCAAGCCAAAAUCCGUAUACCUUAAAAAUCCGAUAGCAGUGGCGGGCGCUAAAACUUAUAGUGGUUUUUCACAAAUGCCGAAAAAAUUGAGGAUGACAUCAACGCCAAAUAUAUUAAGUCCUGUUCGAUUUAUGGCGGAACGCAAAGUUGUCAACAACACACCUCUACGCAUAAGGGCUAAGGGACCUCAGAUGCCGAUGUCAGCCAUGACUCCAUAUAAUGGAUACAACAGUGCACCCUCAUAUAAUAAUUUUAUAAAUGAUAAUAUAAAUUUAUCUUUGGAGAAUUUAACUCAGGGAUUGGACAUGGCGGCGGCUGCAGCAGCGGCGGCAAUGAAUAAUGGCCAGGAAGAUGAUGUAGUCUGCACACCCGAUUUUCCUUUGGAGCCACUGUGCGAGGUGACAGAGGACCCGGCCGACGACGACGUGCAAUGCAUGACCCCCAUACACAGCACGAACGUUCUCAAAUCGAGCCACCCGCCCCCUCUGGUGCCCCGCACGUCGAACAACCUGCCCGACCUCUCCGCCGACAACAUCAUACAGAUGACCGAGAACGACGUCACCGUCAACGCGCAGACGGGCGGCCUCAAGUUCCGCGUCGACCCGCAGACCCUGUCCUCCAACAAAAUGUACAGGCUCCCCGACGGCCGGAUCUUCGCCAUCAACGCCAACCCGAACAUGCCCGGCGGGUACUCCGCCACCAUCGUGGCCGUCACCGAGACCGCCAACAAGAACGUGCCCAAAGGCGCCAUGUACUCGGCCAAGCUGAGCGCCGUGCCGCCCCGGCCCGGCCUCACCCCCGCCCCCGCGCCCGGCGCCGCCCCCGGCCCCGGCCCCCGCCCCCGCGCGACGCCCGUCCGCAUCGCCCGCCGCGCGCCCCACGCCGGCAAGGUCAACCGCGGGACGGAGACGGUCGCGAGGGAGUGCGACUUGGAGGUGCCCGUCGAGUGGUACAGAUACAAUUUGAUAGACGCCGUCGACGCCUUGGAGUAUUCCUUGUCGCGCUUGAACAAGUUGAAGAAGGACGCGACGACGGUCCACCUGCGAACGCGGACCGUGGGCGAGAUGCGGGGCCUGCACAGGACGCUCGAGCGGCUGCUGCACACCUCCACCACCAGAUUCAACGAGAUCAGGGACAACCUGAACAAGGGACUCAAACAGUACCUGGCCAAGAAGGCGGGCAACGGUCCCAGCAGCAUCAGCGACGACGACGACGACGACGACGACGAUGUUGAAAUAUUGCCCAAUCCGGCCGAAAAUGAUGACCCCAUUUUCAUUGACGAGAAUUCGGUAGAUUCUAAUGCGAACGAUACGAACUCCGUUGACCGGCAGGAGGUCGAUUUGACAGAGGCGAUGAGUAAUAGUGAACUGAAUGACAGUGGAGAUAAGUCCGUUGAGAUGUUGGACGACAACUUUUUGAAGGCGAACGAAGAAAUGGAAGAUAGAUCCAGUGAAAAGAAUGACGCGGCGUCGAAAUCUGAGGAAGUUGACCCCCUUGAAACUGCUGAAGUCGAUCAAACUGAAGAUAAUAAUCUAUCGGGUGAAAAGAAGGAUGCCUCAUCCAAAGUAUCCAAAGACACUGAUCCUCUCGAUGACACAGAUUCUGACAAAAUCCACAAAAACAAUAAUAUGUCCAUAGAUGAAGAUAAGGAAACUGAAAAUGCCAACCCUGCUGAAGACGACGAAAUGGAACAUAAUAAGCAAGAACAAGAUAAAGAUACUAGUGUUGGAAAUAAUGAAAUUCAAAUUAGUAACGUAAAGAGCGAAUCCUCAGAAACAACAGAGAAUAAACCCGUAAACGGUUCAGGAGAACAAACAAAAGUAGAUUCCGAUGGACAAAAUGAAGACAAUGUUAAUACAUCUGACACGAGAUCUGACGACAUAAAACAAGAAACUGACGAUAUAAAAAACGAUAAUAAAGACAAUGACGAUAAAAUUCAGGAUGCUGAAAUGAGUGAAGAAAUGAUCAAGACUCUGCUAGAAGGUGACGACGGUGACAAUGAUGAUGAUACACAAACAAUGAAUAGUCAAGAAAUAAUAGGUGUGUAAACGUUUCAUGGAAACUAGAAGGAUUUUUAUAAUAUGCAUAAGUUUCAUAAAUCUAAAUAAAUUGUAUGUAAGAGAUAAAGAUUUAUUACAUAGCAUAUGUUAAUUUUAGGCAAGUAAAAUAUCAUUCCUAGGCAUUAUUCGUAAACUUCCUUUUACAAACUGUAUUUCUAUGUUUUAGUCACAAUAUGGUUCUUUAAUAUCCGUUUACAAAUGUGUGCAUGUUUAAUCCAUUUAGUAUCAGAGCUGUAAAAGUUAUUAAUUUCAAAUAUUGCAGUGUUUGCUUCCAAAUAUAAUUUAACACGUUCACUGCCAGGGACCUGCCUAGUGGGCGCUCGUAUAUUUUGCUCAGAUGCCAGAAAACCCAUCUCGUCGGAUUGUUGCUAUAGGUAGCCAUAGAUAACAACAGGCUAGCAGGAUUGACCAGCAUUUGGUUAUACCAGCAAAGAAAUUUCAAUUAUUUUAUUAUUGAGAAAUGUUUGAUAUGUUGAAAAUUACGAAAUCCAUUCGGGAUCCGGAUUUUGCACCUAUGAAUGUUUUAAAACCUACAUGUUUCGAAAACCAUUUGGAGCCGCUUCCAAUAGCUCGAUUUCAAAGUGUGAAAAAUUGCUUUGUAAAUACGUGACGUAAUGCCGAGACCGAGACUAAGAACUAACAAUACAAAAAGUAGGAUAAUUGAUAAUAGGAUGUUUGAUUAUGAAACUUGGCAUAGUGGGCGUUCGGUGUACACUACAAUACAAGUACUGUGUUAAUCGUUAUGCGGCGUCGAGCACUGUUUAUUUUUUGUCUGGCAGUGAAUGUGUUAAUAAACAGAAGAAAAAAGUGUGUAGUUCAAACUGGGAGAAGUAGAAAACGAGUAACUUAACCCAUAUGGGCCAACGAGGGCGAUUAAUUCCGACUUAUAGUUCGUUCGACUAAACUGAAAGCUAGGUAAGGUCAAGGAAUUAAUUUUUUUAUUUACUUCGUACUUUGUCACAGUGAUAAUAACAUGGGGCAUUUUCUAUGAAAAGGGACCUUCUUGUCGAUGGCGCUUACAACGCACAGCGCCGCGCGGCAUUGUAUUUAUAUCGAAGCAUCGUUAAUAAUGGCGUAAGCGCCAUCGACAAUAAGGUCCCUUUUUAUAGAAAAUACCACACAUGAGACCCCUAGCAGCUUUCAUAAUAUUGAUUCUCACUGUGACAACGUAGAAUUCAUUGACUGUAGGUACGUUUUUUUAUAUUAUAGGACAAUAUCGCUAAAUUUAAACUUCAUUCGCAAAUUGUUCUUCAGUUGACCCCGAUUUUCUAAAAAUCCGGUUAAAGAAAACUGCUAAACCAAUAUCCAGUGUUAUUUGUGUAAUAAUUUAUAAUCAUAUAUACAUUAAUUAGGAAUAUGAUUCCGUUUAAGUCAACAUUGUGAAAAUUGGUCAUCAGAUCGUACAAAAUGAACGCACUUUUCUUGAUUAUGUAUCUAAUUUGAUCUGAGUUUUUGCUUAUAUUUUAGCAUGAGAUGUAAAUAUAGUUAGGUAGGUCAAACAUUCAAAAAUAUAUUUUUAUUGGCAAUGCAAUUAUGUAGUUUUGAUAGAUAAAUAUUCUGGAGACGUAUUUUAAGUAUUUUUUUCUUCAGUUCAGUCACUACCAACUUUGUUAUAAUAAGUUUUUUGUUUUGACAUCAUAUGAUGCCAGCAAUUUACUUCUAGUAGUAGAUACGUUUACGUAUGGUCGACCUUCACCGAGGAGUCUGACGGAUGAAACUUAUAUUCUCAUGAAAGAAAAUAUGUUCCUGAACAUAAAUAAGGUUGCCUAAAGAAAUAUGGUCAAGGCUAUUUUUAAUAAAUAUUUGAAAAUGAUUUAUUUUUUCUUUAAAUUUCACCGACUUGUCUGACGAACGAAAUAAUUUCCAAUGAUUGAUUGAUUCCUGUUGUAUAAGUUGUAUACUUUCCAUUGGAACUUAUUUCGUUCGUCAGACAAGUCGGUGAAAUUUGAAGAAAAAAAAUAUUUUCAAAAAUUUAUUAAAAAUAGCCUUGACCAUAUUUCUUUACUUACUCUGUUGGCUCAGCGACCCAAAAUGAGACUUGGCCUCCGACACAAGACAGCGCCACUUUUUUUGACAACUUUAGGCAACCAUAUUUUUUUUUUAUGCAAUAGGAAGCAAACGAGCAGACGAGCCGCCUGAUGGGAAGCAGUCAUCGCCGUCCAUGGACAUAAGCAAUACCAGAGGAGCCACUUAUGCGUUGCCCACCUUUGAGAACCCUAAAUACCUGCUUUUUGAAGAAUCCCAUGUCAUAGCGCAAGGGAAACACCUCAGAAGGUAGCUCAUUCUACAACUUGCACGUUCUGAGCAAAAACAAGCGAGAUGCCCGCUUGUUUUUGGUUUGCCACGUGUCAAGAAAGUGAGGAUGAGCUUUGUUUCUUUGGCGGGAGGUGCGGUGGUAAAAACGUGAUGGUGGCACCAGAUCUAAAAGUUCUUCAGAACAUUCCCCAUUUAUUUAUGUUCAUUGUUCAGGAACAUAUUUUCUUUCAUAAAAUAUAAGUUUCAUCCGUCAGACGUAUCGAUGAAGGUCGACCAUAUAUAACGUAUCUUAGGCUAUUCGUGGUUUGUUAUCAUUUUGUAUGGCUACGUUACUUUCUUUUGGCAAAUACAGCCACGUGUGUUGCUUGCAUUACAAUGAUAUCAAUGUCGAUAACUGGCGGUGUAACUAAGUGAAGACUAACGUCUCGGCCACGGCAUUGCGCGACCGGCUUCGGCUAAGGCGAAAACCAUAGGUGGGAACGAAAGGUCCGAUCGCUGUGUCUCACCUCAACCUAUGGUUGUCGCCUUAGCCGAAGCCAGUCGCGAAAUGUCGUGGCCAGGACGUAAGCUAUGCCACAAGGUCAUGAUGACCCAUGAGUCUCCGGUAGAAUUUAUUUGUUGUUUUUGCGUUUAACAAUGUUAUUUCUGGUGGCUUUACAGUGAAUUUGUUUUUCGUUUUGUUCAAUUUUUUUUAUUAUCACUUAUGGUUAAAAUUUUCUGAGUUGAGUUUUGAGGCUUAAACCGUCAUUGGCGUAAUCUGUUGAACAAGCCUUUGUUUCUUUUAUGCAGAGUGGUCAGCUCCUGUCUUCUGCACGUGUGGAAAGCAACAAUGUCGUUUAAUAAAAAUCAACUGUAUCGUGAUAGUACUAAAAACCGGCCGCCGACAUUCAGGUAAACAUUUUUGGAGAUAACAAAACGAGUUAUCUUCGAAUGUGCUGUUACAUGAAUUAAAAACUUAUAAUUCCUGUUCACUUAUGACGGUAGUAGUAGUAAUAACCGCUGCAGAAAUGAAACAAUAUCCUUUUUUUAUAACAGAUUAGGACCCCAAAACAUCACCUCGGAAAAUUCCAACUAUACGUAAGUUGCCUAAUAGAAGUAUGUAGUCAGAAUUUCGUUUUUCUUAGAAUGCAAGCUCAACCGUUUACCUGCAUAUAACAUGGAGGUAUGUGAUCAUAGAAGUGCUAAGAGAAUAUGUAACUGAUACUAGCUGUAGCUAGGUUGAGCAAGCAAUUUAAACUAUUUACGAAUUAUUUGUUUGUGAUUAUUUGGUAUUGAUUAAGUUUAUACUUUAAUAAUGUUAUGAGUAAUUGAGUACAUUUCACAUAUAAAUGUUAGACCUUAAGUUCAUAGCGAGUAAUAUGAAUAUUGUAUAUAAUUACAAAAAUAACACAUUCUACCCCAAAAUAUGUAUGUCCAUACAAUGUAUUUUUUAUUAUUAGUUUGGAAUUAAAUUAGCUCUCAGUACUUGA